AUAAUUUUUAUUAUUUCCAAAAGCAAAAUGAAGAAAAAUCCCGGAGCGUCGUCUGUAGACUCGGCAUUAAAUAAAAUGUGCGGUAUGAUGCCUUCCGAUACGCACAGUUUCUCGGCACCCGCACUCGCUCAGCCAUCCACGUCAUCCGCGCAUGACAAAAAGAAGAAGAAGAAGAAGAAGAGUAAGGAGGUGGACAAAGAGCGGCCGAAAGGACCAUCAAAGAAGCAACCUUCAAAGUCACAGCCAUCGGACAGACCACACUCAAACUCGCCACAGUUAUACCCACGACGUUCAGCCUCACAACAAUUACACAAACAAGACUCAAACUCACAGCAAAACUCACAAUUACACGCAUCACAGUCAUCCUCACAAGAUCCAUACGAGAAACACUCAAACUCACACGUAAACUCACAAGACCACGCAUCACAAUUAUCCUCACAAGAACAGAACAAGCAACACUCGAACUCACAGCUAAACUCACAAUUACACGCAUCGCAAUCACCCUUACAAGAACCGUACAAGCAACACUCAAACUCACACGUAAACUCACAAGUACACGCAUCACAAUUAUCCUCACAAGAACAGAACAAGCAACACUCAAACUCACAACGAAACUCACAAUUACACGCAUCGCAAUCACCCUUACAAGAACCGUACAAGCAACACUCAAACUCACACGUAAACUCACAAGUACACGCAUCACAAUUAUCCUUACCACAAUCAGGCAAAGAACGAUCAAACUCACACAUAAACUCACAAUUACACGCAUCACAAUCAUCCUUUCAGCAACCGCAGCAUUCAACGCAAAAAAAGCCAAGAAAAGAAACAAACGUGCAGCAAUCGACACAGCUUCAACCAUGCACUUCAACUGAACCACGUAGAAACGUAACACCGUCAGCGCCGAUAACAGUCGAUCUGUCGAAAAUUUUGGAUAGAUUAGAUUCACUUAACCGAAGAAUGGUUAAAAUCGACGGCAACAUAACAGCCACGAACGCGAGAAUGGUCACUUUGGAGAAGGAUAUGAAAUUGGUGAAAGAAAGUCUAGCUCGAGUGGAACAAUUAGACACAUCCAUAGACAGAACGCUGAAGGGCAUCGCCAAAAAGCAGAACAGAAAGGCCGUACCUCGUCCUUCCUUCCUGCCCUUUAAAACGUCAGCGGAUAUUCUGGCGUUUAACUAUGCCAGUGAGGAGGACUACAACACUCUCGUGGAGUAUCUAAGCAGCCAAGGUGGCGCGAAUUUCACUGAUUCAGCGGCCAUAUACUUCAGGGAAUGCAUCGUCAUCGACCAAGAUAUUUUCCGCAACGUCACCUGGAGUACUUCCAAAGCUGAAGGUACAAUGGCCUUAAAGGACACACGCUUUGCAAAUGCUUGUAAAGAUUCGAUGCCAGCGGACAAGACGACCUUGCGAGCACCCGAGCCUACUGAUUUCAAAGUGGCUAUGAUGAAAGCCUUGAAAAGUGCCAAGGAAGCUUUUCGGCGCAAAAUGAAGCGACCUGCGGAUAAUCCUAUUGAACCACCGCCGCCGAUACAUCGUCCGCGCGUUGUCUUGGCAUCGGACCUAGAUGAGGAGCAAGACGGAGAGCAAAGCGCCGGCAGCGAGGACGACAACGACGAGGAGCAGGAUACCGAGAGCAAGAGCGGGACAGACGACGAGAGCGGCACAGAGAGCGAGGUGGACGAUGAUGAUGCUGGGAUCACCGACGGCGAGAUCAGCGACCAAGGCGACGACAACGAUGAUGACCACACAAAGCGUGACUACGCCUCCGAUGCCUCGGAAAUUUUUAAUAAUUUCUAAUUUCUUUUCAAAUUUUACUUCUUUCUUUUCUUGUGCUUCUUCUUCUUUCUCUUUAUUAUUUCACUAUUAUGCUCUUUGAUGUUUUAGUUUUUUCAGUUGUUCAUUAUUUGAGUUUAUUUUCUAAUGGAAAUGUCAGGGAGCAUCAGUGGGGUUUUCGCGUGGUGGAGGUCUUCCGGUUUCUAAUUACUUUCAUAAAUACUGUUGCUCAUUUCUUCUUCUUUCGCUUUACUAUGUUUUUGUUCUAUUAAUUAAUUUGUUUUCAGGUCUAUAAAAAUACACAUGGUUGCCUUUCAUAUUAUUCUAAUUAUUAAUUAUUGUAUUAGUGCACAUGUGAAUUUUUGAACGCUCUCUGAUCUUUUACUUUUCAAAGAUGUAUAGAUAUUGUUAAUAUUUCUAUAUCUCUAUUUAUUUAUUUAUUUAUUUAGUGCUUUAUUAUUUUUGUAUAUUUUUAAAUCAAAAAAGAUCAGGGAGCGUCGGAGGAGCUGAUGCUGUGGUCGAGCUUCACGGAGAGGGGCGGUGGUCGGGGCCCCUCUCACCCAAAAAUAUUAAUCAUUAUUUUUAUUUUUAAAUUUAAGCACCAUCAGAAGCGCAGCCAGGAAUAUGCGUCAAAAUUAGGAUUAUCUUUAUACAUAAGUAUAUUAUCUAGCGUUUAUAAUUUAUUCAAUUACAAAUUUAAAUCUGUUUUAUAUUUAUUUGCAGCGGCAGCAGCAAAGUCAACAAUAAUAACAAGGAAGUGUGCCGAUUGUUCUCCUCGCCUCCAGGAGUCGUCCAAUUUUCAACUGCUUUAUUAUUAUUUAAUAUUGUUCGUUUAUUAAUUAAUAUUAUUAUUAUUAUUCUUGUUAUCAUUAUAUUAGAUUGAUCAAAGCUCAAAAAUUGUUAUGUAUAUUUUAUUCGAUAUCAUUGUUAUAUUUUUAUAUUUGUACUGCGCUAUAGUUUUAUUGUUUCAAUUGUAUUUAUUUAUUUAUAUUAAUGUUUUAAUAAAUCAUACAUAUUAAUUACCUACAAUCCUCAUCUGUCUCGAUCAUUUAUUUGCGAGGCUCGGCCUCCAGUAAAUGCGAGCACGCAUUUCCGGAUUUUCCGGAAAAGUGCUCGCAUUAUGCCCGCACGAACCCCUGCAUAUGCCUGCAUACGAGGAGCAUGCCGUGCCGUGCGAAAAAUACGCGUCCACGAAAUCGGGAACAUGCGCGCAAAAUGCCUGCAUACGAACGGCAUUAUGUUCGCAUUUUAUCGGCACCCGUGCUGGACAGAUCCACCACGGAAGCAAGCAAAAUGCUCGGUCAUAUGCUCGUCAUAUGACUUUCAUGUGCGGAUGCAAGUGGACCGUCAUGCGUGCCCAUUUCGUGCCGGCACGUUUUCAGCAUUUUCAGAGCACGCUGUUAUCUGGGGCGAAAAAGCAAAAAAAUUAAAACACUAACGGGGAUCGAACCCUGAACCUUUCAGUUAGCAGGCUGACACUUUACCACUCGACCACGAACACUUGUUACAAGUCAUGGACAAUUGUGUCCUUAUAUACUGCGAGUAGCUGUUGACCCCAAAAUGCCCGGCACGCGAUGUUAUCGGGGACGCGAUGUUAUCUGAGGGGUCACGCUUGCUGGCCGCUCGUGCCGUCAUUGUGACGUCCCCAAGACAUCUUUCGUUGGAAUUUUCAACAAUUUUUUUUUCCUGCCAUUCGGGAAGUCAUAAUGUUGACAUUUUGGCGGCACAGCGUGCCAGCACGCGUGCUCACAUUGCGACGGCACGAAACUUUGUCAGAAUGACGGCCAUGAGUGCCAGCUGUAUGACACCGGUACGAACG